AUGAAGAAAACGGGACAGGGAAAAUCGUCCGAAACGCACAGGAGCGUCAACCAGGAGAGGCUGGCCUACGUAAUGUGCUGCCUCGUAGGGAACGAAGUAAACGUUCAUAUGAAGGAUGGAAAUGAAGUGAAAGGAUUAUUUCACGCAUAUAAUUAUGCAAAUAAAGGAGAAAAAAAACAAGGUGAUAUUUCGUUAAAUUACGCUAGGGUUCAACCGAAGAAGGACCAAGUUAGCGGCCCAAUAAAUAAAGCAAUGAUCAUUCCAGAAAAUUCAUACAACGUAAUUGUUGUGAAAAAUAUGAACCUAGAGUUAAAAGACCCAGAUGGGGUGCAAAAUGUGAAAGGGAGGUUUCAAAUUGAUACAGACAUUUCGGAAAAAAAAAAAAAAUAUAAUUUAAAUAGUGCCAAUAGAGAGUUAAAGAGGUGGGUAUGUGAAGGCUCAUUUUACGACGAAAAUAAAUUAACGUUAGACGAUAACACGAAAGAACCAUGGGAUCAAUUCGAACACAACAGGAAGUUGUAUGGGGUCACAACUACAUAUAAAGAAGAAUUAUACACCACAAACUUAGACGUGAACAAGAUUCCGCAGCAUGUAAAAAUGCACGCAGAUAAAAUUGCCAAGGAAUUGGAAAACAGAGGAAUGCACCUCGACCCAGAGGAUGCAGAAAGGGACAAUAAAGAAUUGGACGAGGAAGAUUUGUUCGGAGCCGUUAGACAAAGUAAGGAUAAAUUCGGGAAAUUUUUCAAAGGCAAAAGGGAGGAAGGAAAAAGCAGCCACCCGCAGGGCAGGUUUAACCAGUUCGCCCUCAGGGACUUGAAGGAGAAAAUCCAGUCAGUCAAAAUGGAGAACGAGAAAAAAUAUCCAACUAAUAAGCAGAAAAAAAUAAAUUUCACCAUAUCGGCAAGUGGGGAAGACGUGGAAAGCAGCGAGAAAAACAAUGACUCCUCGAAGAAGGAAGACGGAAAAAGCGCGGAGUUUAUUGGAAUCAAUGCCCUAAAUUUAGAACCAGCGUUGCCAAGACUGGAUGAAAAAACCCGAACGGAAUGGAUCAUGUUUAAGAAUAAGGCAAAAAAUAAAAUUGUCAACAAGAAGGACAAGUCAACGGAAAAACAAGAAUUUAUAACAGCAGCAAAGGAGUUUAAUGAAAAAUUAGCCAACAAAAUGAGUACACACACGCAGGAAUCGAAGAAUGAAGGGAACUUUGACCAGCUGGAGAUCGACAACCCGCCGUCGGAGCUGCAGACAACUGAGUCAAACAUUACAGAGAACGUCAACAAUGACAACGUGGACGAAACGGAUGAGAAUAUAGCCCCUGAAAACGAAAACACGAUAGUAAAGAGCAACACCGUCAGUUUGAGCAACUCGAGUCUGCGCCCGUACGAUGCCUACAUUUCAAACUUUAACAACUUUAGUAACCUAAGCAAUUUUAACAACCUGAGUAGCCUGAGCAACAUUAGUAACCAGAACAGCAUUGGCAAUCUGAACGACCUGAACGAGUUUAACUAUGCCAAACAAUUUAACAUGAAGCAUGGCAUGGUUGGCCAUAACGCGGAGUACCGCCCCAUGGUAGCCCAAGUACCCAACACGCCAACUCAGAUAUACCCUACGUCCGAUUUGUAUAUGCGAAAAAAUGUAGGGACGAGACCAACAUAUCAAAAUGUGGACAUGCUGGUGAACAAGUUUCAUAACAAUGUCAACCACCACCACAAGUAUCCAUCGUAUAGGAAGCACCACAAGGAGUUCCACCCCUUUCCGACGCGAACUUUCACACCGAAGAAACACUUCGACUCCCUUAUGAACAACACCCUGAGGAACUCCAAAAUGGAGGACUGCGUAAAAAGUCCCAUCCACUUCAGAAACAACAGGCAGUAUAGUUACAAAAACGUUUUCGGAGGACCUGCCAUGCGUGCACCUGUCCACAUAUACAAGGAGGCAAACCAUUUCCCCAGGAACAUACCAGUGCAGCCGAACGUGCCAGGCAUUCUGGUAAAUGUCCCCGUCAUACCUGUUGUCCACCCAACAGUUAAUGGACCAUUUAUGGAUAGCCACCCCCAAUAUUAUAACCCCUAUGUCAGAGGGCACUACGCGAAUUAUUCAAUUCCUCCAAAUGCAAAUGGUGCAUAUUAUUAUAACAUGCCCGUAUCCAGUAUGGACAGUAAUUAUUCUCCAAGUAAAAACAUGAAUUUGUUUGCGCCGCCAAAUCCGCAUGUACAAUCUCCACAAGUGCCAAACGUGCACAUACAGACUCCGCAGGUGCCAAAUUUGCAUGCACAAGAUUCACACAUGAACAUUCCCGUAGCGCCAUAUAUACCCCCAACACUGAACUAUGGUGUUAACAGCAGCAACCCCCUGAACAUGUCGAAUAAUUCCACUGUACCAAAUCCGAACAUUAACAUUCCGCCGUAUCCACCAGAAUAUGUUGUUAUGAAUACCCCGAAAUAUCCGAACACACAGACAGUGCCUAUGCCUGUUUACCCACAGUAUCAGUACCAAAAUUAUUAUCCACCGUCAUCGCCCCAUGGGAUGAAGAAUUCUUAA